GUGACCUGUUCCUGGAUCUGGUAACUUAGUGCCGCUUCCCUUCGUCGAAGGCCUCUGCGUCGAGUGGCUUGCGAGGAGGAGCUACUUGGGUUGCAAGGCAAGGCGGGCGAUAAUAUAUGUCCCGGUCGGCUACCCGACUACCAUCCUACGCGCGCGUUGCAAUCCUGGAAAUGACUUGCUGACCGACUCUCGUUGUUGUCCGGUUACCUGACUCUCAUCCAUCCAUCUCGACCUUAUCCAGUCCGGCUCACCGUCUCACCGUUCGCCAAACAUCUCCCACUUGACCACAUCUGACUGAAUCUUACGCCAUCAACCAAAGAACAGAACUGCUGGAGCCGCUUAUCGUCGUACUCGCCGCAACGUAGUUUACGCCCCUCAUUGAGGGCACCCCGUAUAUGAGCCCAGCAUGGAGGCCCAAAAUGAUCCGUCGCGUAUACUCGAGCAAGCGAGACAACAUCUCGAGGCGUUGAAGCAAGCUGGACUUUCGCGCGAGGCAUUGCUUGCACUUUUGGGGGAGGACGACCAGUCGAAGCAGCAACAACAAUUACAAGUUCACCUAUCACACCCGCCACCACCUCAGUAUCAACCGCCACCGCCACCUCCACCAACGACGCAAGGAGGCAUUGAAUCACAAUUAUCGCCCAGCUAUGCCGUGCCAAAUCAUCACUUCAUUCCCUCGCAUCAAGUGCGGUCGUCAAUUUCCUCGGUAGCGUCAAAUAGCUCGGGACGGGAGAGCAUCUUAUCGACCGCAACAGCCGCUACCGCCCACAGCUCCGUCUCUUCGAUUGGCGGCGGAUCAUUCGUGAAACCCACAACGCCGGCGUCGGCAUCGUCAGAAGCAAAGUACUGGUGCACAUCAUGCGACAAGACUUUCAAGCGCAAAUUCGACUGGAAAAGACACGAAGAAGAGUUCCAUGAGAGAUGGCGGAAAUAUCCUUGUCCCAAUUGCAACCAGAGCUUUUGGGGACCCAACACCUUCAAUCAACACCACAAGUCCGCUCAUGGUUGCAAAACGUGUCCACAUUCCGAUGGCGUGGUCAAGUACAUGAGAAAGAGAAGAGCCUGGGGAUGUGGUUUCUGCGCCGCAAUGCACACCAAGCUCGAGAAACAUUACGAACACGUCGCAGCUCAUUUCGAAUCGGGCGCUCAGAAGGGAGACUGGAUGCAUUCUAACGUCAUCUAUGGCUUACUACACCAGCCGGCUGUGUUAGAAGCGUGGAGAGAAUUGGUGACCAGGAAGCAGGGCAAGUUCAAUGGCCACCAGCCCAUGUUCAGCUGGGGCAUCGACAACACCGCCAGGCAGCAGGGCUAUGUCGAAGGUGAAAGCCAAGGCCAGCUGCAAGAUUUUCUCGAAUUUUUCGAUGGGUCCAGCGAGCAAGCAGCCCGAAUCACGCAGUGCGCUUGGGGAUAUUGUCACGUUGUUCUGAAGCCGAAGAAUGGAGAUUCUAUGCCGCCUCCGGAAUCUCGAAGCGCACCACCACCACCACCACCACAGCAGCAGCGACAGCAGCAGCAUCAACAACAACAGCAACAACCUGAUCCAUGUUCGCUCAGCCGACAGGUCACCAUAACCUCUCAACGUGGUGGACUACGGAGAGUUGCAUCGACUUCGUUGAUGCCCAUCAGCAGGCAGCCCAGCCGACGGGUCUCAUCAGCAGAUUUCCGUGAAUCUAUGCAGAUGCAAUACACAAGUCCUGUUGAGCAGAACAACCCAUACCAACAACAAUUCAUGGUACAGCCCCAGCCCAUUCCGUCACAGUCGUUAUCACCUCAACCAAUGCAGGUGGACACUAUGCAGAUGGGGCAAUCCAUGAACACACGGCCCUUGUCAUUGGACAAGGAACUCCCACCAGCUCCUCUGCUGGCAUCGCCUAUGGAUACCACACCCAUGGACGUCGAUUUCAACAUGUACGACAGCAGCGAACAACUCCUAAAGCCGCCGUCAUUGCAGGACUGGCAAAGCUUUUCGAGUGCGCACAGUUUCUCAGAUACCCAAAGUUUAUCAAGUGCGAUUUUCGAAGAACAGGCCGCUAUAGCGGCACAGCAGCAGCAUCUGACUGCACAUCAACAACACGGCAUGCCCAUAUCUUGGGAUGAGCUCAACCAUUACGGUGGACCUCAGCACCAGCAGGGCUGAAAUUCCUUUGAGUAUGUACAACACAUGUGUCUAUAUAUAAUGAGAAAGUGGGAUAUAUC